UAAGCAGAAGUCCCAGCCUCUGGACUUCCUGUUCCUGUUCUCUGUUUCGGCUAUCUGCCGUCGCUAUGGAGGAACCAGAGAUGCAGCUCAAGGGGAAGAAAGUCACGGACAAGUUCACUGAGAGCGUCUAUGUCCUGGCCAACGAGCCAUCUGUGGCCCUGUACCGGCUGCAGGAGCAUGUGCGCCGCUCUUUGCCUGAGCUGGCCCAGCACAAGGCGGACAUGCAGCGGUGGGAAGAGCAGAGCCAGGGAGCCAUUUACACUGUAGAGUACGCCUGCAGUGCCGUCAAGAACCUGGUUGACAGCAGUGUCUACUUCCGUAGCGUCGAAGGUCUGCUCAAACAGGCCAUCAGCAUCCGAGACCACAUGAAUGCCACUGCCCAGGGCCACAGCCCCGAGGAACUGCCCCCGCCCUCCUCAGCCUGAUUCUGGAAGAAUCCUGAAGGCCCCUGUCCUCCCCCAACCCAGAAGAGAAAACCGAGGCUCAGAGAAGCGAGCCAGCCCAGGGUGGAGGCCCAUGCCCAGAAGCACCAAGAUUCACACCCAGACCCUCUGACCCCUCCACAUGGUCCUCAGCCCAGGCUCCUCAUGGGACAACUCUAUACCUCUCAGACUCCUUCCUCACUGCCUAACCUGACCAGAGCUGGGCCCCUGGGUACCACCUUGUGCAACCCAGAGGGAUUAAAGACAAAGCCAGUGGGGCCAACACAGACCUGUUCCUGCCGAAACCUCUAAGCCCAGCUAAAAUCAUCCCAAGACAUGCCUUUUCUUCCUAUGCUCUUACCUGCUCUUGGAUCAAUAAUUGCCCCCGUGAUAAUCCUGAUUGUGUACCCACUGUGUGUGGUAUGUUCCUCAUGGGUUAUCUCUUUUCAUUCUCAGACAACCCCUUUAGGCAGGUAGCACCCCCAAAUACAGAUGAGAAAUGAGAGGCUCCAAGAGAUGGUGUGAUUUGUGUCAGGUCAUGCAGUUUGAGAGCAGACCUGGGCUCUUAAGCCUCCUAGUUUGGUCUUAGCCCUGCCCCUGACAUGCUGGGUGAUAUGGGGCCUGGUGCUGGCCCUCUCUAGUUCUCCCUUUCUCCAUCUGGACAAGGAAAGCUGUACUGAGCAUGUUCUAUAGGCUGAGAGAGGGAAGAAGAGGAGAAUGGAAAGCAGGAAAUAAAUGUGACCUAAUUGGAGGGC